UGUUAAAUCCCUUUUGAAAAACACUUGUUUGUAUAAGAAUUUGUCAUUAAUAAUUAAAUAAUCAAUUUCAUAAAUAAAUGAGAGAGAGAACAACAGAUAAAGUGACUAUCUUUACAGCCCAAUAAAAUUACUAGCACAAAAAAUGUUACAAUUUAGAAACAAGCACCAGUCUUAAAAUUUUAAGGAGUCUUUAGUCUAGAACUUCUGUUGGAAAUGUUUGCUAAGAAAAUUUAACAAAUUUAAAUAAAGUUGUAGACAGAAAAGUAGUGGAAGUCUAUCUUAAAGAGAAAUAAAGUGGAGGGAAAAUGGGUUUAUGGAAUUUUUUGUAAAAGUUUAUACAAAUUAGGAUGUCUCAAUUUUCAAAUACAGUUUAGAUGGAGUAGGAAUAACUUUAACAUGAUUCAAGUGAAGACUGGGUACCAGACGAUAAUGGAGGAGAAGAGGAUGAUUCUAAUUUAUGAC